AUGAAGCAGAUGAAGUUCCCUGAGGAGUAUAAGACCAAGGUGGACCUCAGCAGGGUAAACUGGGAUGUGAUGAAGCCCUGGAUUGCCAAGCGAGUGACGGAGUUGCUGGGCAUCGAAGACGAUGUCCUCAUCGGGUACAUCUUUGGGCAGUUGGAGGGUCAGAAGACCAUCGACCCUCGCAAGCUCCAAAUAAACCUUACAGGCUUCCUGGAGAAGAACACCAGCCUCUUUUGCAAGGAACUCUGGACGCUGUUGAGCAGCGCGGCGCUGUCCUCGACUGGUAUUCCUCAGAAGUUCCUUGAUGAGAAGGCCGAAGAGCUCCGCCUUCGUCGCGAGGAAGACGAGCGAAUCCAGGCAAGGCUGAGGGCCGAACAGGCCAAGCGGGAUGAGGAAAACAGGCAGGCAAAUGCGGCGCGGCGGGACCUGGAGGACAGCGUGCACAGGCUGCGCCGGGAGGAUGAUGCUCUGCUUGUCAUUGACACGUCUCCAUAA